GGAGCCACAGUGUAAGCAUCAUCUUUUGCGAGGAGACGAUUCAUUGGCGAGCCUAUCGGUGCCGAUGCCAUAUCAUAGACAAUUGAAAAAGCUAUGAGCAGUGACCCAAGCUAAUAGUUGUUGACUCUGGGCUCGAAGUGGAUGGACAGACGGAGCCACACAAUGAAAUGUUAACCAACUAUCGUAAUGAAUACAAUGGUCGGAAUUUUAUUGAAAGUGUAAAAACAAAAACACCGAUAACCGAAUGUGAUUUUCGGCGCCCUGAGUAUCUGUUGUGAGUUGAAUUUUGUUGACCAUUGCUGUUUUUGCCGUUCGUGCCGUGAUUAGAGCCGGUGUUACCGAAGCACACAGUAAGGCUCCUCCUCGUCACCGUUAUUGUUCUUCGUAGAUCGACACUGUUAUUAAGUUAAUAACACGCGCUAAGAGGAACGAUUUUGAAAGGACUAUCUAACAAAAUGACUACGAUGGAUCCAAUGGUCGAAGUUUUUGAUGAAUCAAUGGCCAAUGUUCGGGUUGAGCUUGAGAAUCGUUCGCUGUGGACAGAGUUCUACCAGUGCGGUACCGAAAUGAUUAUUACAAAGCCAGGCCGCCGGAUGUUCCCUGAUCUCAAAUUCAAGAUCAGUGGGCUCGACCCCCAGCAAUAUUACAUCGUUCUAUUGGACAUCGUUCCUGCUGACACGUAUAGGUACAAAUUUAUUGGCAAAUGCUGGCUGCCAGCGUACGAAAGUGAUAUGCCCCAGCAUAAAUCCAACUUGUACCGGCAUCCCGAUUCCCCAGCUCUUGGUUCCAAAUGGAUGUCACAAUCGAUCGGUUUUAACAAGCUGAAAUUAACAAACAGUAACACAACCUCGGAAAGUCACAUCACACUGAAUUCGAUGCAUAAAUAUAUUCCUCGGCUACGUAUUUUCGCCGGCAGCGAUAUUGCGCAGAUGUCGUCGCGGAAGUUCACGACAUUCAGCUUUCACGAGACCUCGUUUAUGGCUGUGACGGCGUACCAGAACGCCGGCGUGACCAACCUUAAAAUAAAAAAUAACCCUUUUGCAAAGGGCUUUCGUGAGGAAGAUCGUCGGAAUCCCGUGAAGCGAUCAUGCGGCCAGGAAGCGAUUCGAAACGAGCCAAUUAGCCCAACGAUGAUAAGCGUAUCGAAGCGACGGCAACAGUCCGCGAGCCCGGAUGUAUCCACAACCUCACUAUCCGAGUCGCCAUCACCACUUCACCGUGCCAUGUUUCCAUUCACGACCCUGCCUUGCCCGCCGGUCCCUGCAAGUCUUUCGCCUCAUUCAGUAUCAUCGACUUCGCCUCCGACGUACGAUUUCAACACCGAAGUGCCUCAAACCCCAACGGUGGCCGGUGCGGCUAGGCUCCCCGCAAAAAUGGCCCCUCCUACAUAUUUCGACUUCAUCUCACAGAGCUACGAAAACUUCAACAGGCUUCGAGGGAUACCCGGUACUGUUCCCAUGAGCGCGUUGCAUCAUCCACACAAUCCCUUCUACGGGCUGCCUAAUCGAUUUCUGCCAACACCUGUUGCCAAUACCGGGUGCCAACAACGGACGUUAGGAGGACUCCCGUUUGUCAGUCAAUUUAACCCGCAGAUUGGAUACCACAUGUUGUAGUAGACGGGACUCAGAUGAAGCAUAAAGAUUAUGUCUUUCUCUAAUGCCCGAGUUGAUAUUUAUUCUUAGUGCAAUUCAAAUAGAUUACAUUUGAAGGGAUACAUACAUUAUGUUGUUGACAUAAAUGCUUGUAACGAGACCAAUUAUAUAUAUAGACAGAAAGUAAAUCUGUGGGUGAAGAUUAGCCGAUACGUGUGUUUGGAGUGCUUUGUGUAGCAUCGACUGUAUCGAGUGACAGACCAUGUUGAGCAGAUUACCCGAUCUGUUAAGUGGACUUGUUAUUAUGGUGGACUAGUGGGAUUACUUGUACAGUUUAUUAGAUACUGAUAUUUGGGAGAAGUGCGACGAUGCAUGUUACAUACAUUCAA